AUGCCCUACCUGGUGCUGGACAUCUUCGAGGGCACGCCGGGGGGGGUGCUGGCGGGUCUGGCCCUGGGCCUGUCGCUGUCCCUGUGGGUGGCCAUUGGUGCCACCCUGUACCCGCCCAGCGCGGCCACCAUGGGGGUGCUGCCAACCUCGGGGGCGCUGUGUCCCCCCCGCAACGUCACCAGCGCCACCAGCGCCACCCACGGCACCGCCCUGGCCCCCGAGCCGCUGCGCCCGGCUGUCCUGGGUGAGCUGUACUCCGUGUCCUACCUGUACUACGGAGCCCUGGGGACCCUGGGCACGCUGGGGACAGGCGUCCUGCUCAGCCUCCUGCCAGGGCAGAGCCGCUGUCCCCAGGGCGUGCUGUGGUGGGACAUUGUCAGGGCCCCGGCUGUCCCCAAGGGUGACAACACCCGCGGGGACCGGGCCCUGGACACGGCCACCGUCACCCGGGAGCUGCUGGAGCGGCCGGACGGGGAGGGGACACCCCGGUGUGACCCCCCCGAGGGUGGCACUGUCACCGAGAGCGACGUGUAGGGGACAUGGGGACAGUGGGGACAGCAGGGUGGGGACAAGGUGCUGGCCCAAAUAAAGGAGCUGCUGGUCCUGGA